AUGGACUUAACUCAAUUCUUAUGCUAUCUGACGAUUUUUGCCAAUGCCGACGUUUGUCAAAAACUAGCCACCAACGGUACCACUACCACUGCAACAAUGCCAACAGCAGGAUCUACAUCAACUACCAAAGUAGCUAAUUUAUCGAAUCCAUUGGCACCGGCACGUUUAGAAGCAAUUAAAAACUCCUUUUCGGAAUUGAAUCUUCUAUCCAAAACCAAUCCAUCAGAUUUUAUUUUCGAUUUCAAUAAUGCAACAACAGGAGUCUCAAGAGGUACUGGUGGCCGUACAGUUUCUGCUACUUCCAGCAAUUUCCCUGGUUUAAUCGGUCACGGUGUCGCUAUGACACUCGGAUUUCUCGGUCCAUGUGGUAUCAAUCUACCACACACACAUCCUCGUGCAACAGAAAUCAAUUACUCAGUUGACGGUCAUUUUCAAGUAGGAUUUUAUCAAGAAAAUGGUGCCGCUUUCAUCAUGAAUGAAAUAACAAAAAAUCAAGUCGCAGUUUUUCCCAAAGGUGCCAUCCAUUUCGAACAGAACUUAAAUUGCGAACCUGCUACAUUCGUAGCAGCAUUUAACAGCGAAGAUCCUGGUGUGUUGACCAUUGCCAAUGCUUACUUUGGUGCCUUACCAGCAACCGUCAUUGGUGCUAAUCUCGGUGGUUUGAACAUUACAACGAUCGAGGAUAUUCGUAUGAAUAUUCAGGGCAAUCCAUCACUUGGUAUUGAGGAAUGUCGCAAACGAUGUGGUCUAUCGACUGAGAAAGCUAUUUAUGUAUACAGAAUGUAUUGA